CUCCAUGCUCUCUAAGACCAUCCAUCUUUACUUGGCAAAAUGGCACUUUCUUCUUCUCGAUAUUCUCCCUUCUCAUCUUCAUCUUCAACAACCAUUUUCUCUACAGCUUUGUGCAUGUUUUUGCUUAUCGGGAGUUCUUCGGCUCAACUCUCUGAGAACUUCUAUGCUAAGAAAUGUCCCAAGGUUUUCUAUGCUGUAAAAUCAGUUGUUCAAUCUGCUGUGGCUAAAGAACCUCGCAUGGGAGCAUCUCUCCUUCGCCUCUUCUUUCAUGACUGCUUUGUCAAUGGUUGUGAUGGAUCAGUACUGCUUGAUGACACUUCCUCCUCCAAAGGAGAGAAGACUGCACCACCCAACAAUAAAUCUUUGAGAGGUUUUGAGGUCAUCGAUGCCAUCAAGUCUAAGGUGGAGGCUGUAUGCCCCGGAGUAGUGUCUUGUGCUGAUGUUGUAGCUAUUGCUGCUCGUGACUCUGUUGCAAUUCUUGGAGGGCCUUUUUGGAAGGUUAAACUUGGAAGAAGGGAUUCCAAGACAGCCAGUUUCAAGGAUGCAAGCAGUGGUGUGAUCCCAUCUCCCUUUUCUACCCUAAGCAACCUUAUCUCAAGGUUUCAAGCUCAAGGGCUCUCUGCCAAGGACAUGGUUGCCCUGUCUGGAGCCCACACAAUUGGGAAAGCAAGGUGUGUUACUUUCAGAGAUCGUGUAUACAAUGACACAAACAUUAACAGUUUAUUUGCUAAUGCAAGGAGGAGGAACUGUCCAAGGAUUAGUGGCUCAAUAAAAGACAAUAAUGUAGCAGUGCUAGACUUCAAAACUCCAAACCAUUUUGACAACAACUAUUACAAGAACCUCAUUAGCAAAAAGGGUCUCCUUCAUUCUGAUCAAGUACUCUUCAAUGGAGGAUCUACUGAUUCAUUGGUUAGAGCUUACAGCAAUAAUCCAAGGGCCUUUGCAUCUGACUUUGUUACAGCAAUGAUUAAGAUGGGAAACAUAAAACCUUUGACUGGGUCAAAAGGAGAGAUUAGAAGGCACUGUAGGAGAGCCAAUUAGAGGGCAUAAAACAAAUGGAUUAUAAAUUAUGUGUGUUUAUGUGGGUAUGUUUUUUUAUUGAUACAUGUACCCCAAAAAAGGGGAGGGGGGGGGGGGGGGGGCGCUCUUUUGUGAGUUGAUCCUUUGAGGUGUUUUCUAGCGCCUUGAAAAAUUGUCUUGUUGUUAAGUUCAAUUUGAAUU